CGGACCCGGAAGCGGCGCGGGCGGCGCCCGGCCCGGAGGCUCCGUAGAGCCCGGCCCGGCAGCUUAAAAGCAUUCACCCUCAUCCUAUCCCUGCACUCCCUGAUCAAGAACCCCAUCCCAGCUUUCCUGGAGCCCCUUUCAGUACUGGAAGCCGCACUAAGGUCUCCAUGCGGCCUGCUCCAGGUUGAACGAUCCCAACUCUCUCAGCCUGUCCUCAUAGCAGACGUACUCCAGCCCUCAUGUAAUCUCUGUAGCCUCCUCUGGACUUGGUUCAGCAGAUCCAUGUCCUUCCUGAGCUGAGGACUCCCACACAGUCCUGAUCACAGGACUACAGGAACAGUGCAGCAUCUUUGUCUGUUAAAGGAACUGUCCUGGGUUCAGCUGGGACAGAAUUAAUUUUCAUAAGAAGCUGGGAGAGGAAGAUAAAUCUAUUCAGAUUGUCCUUCGAAGAUUAAUGUACAUUUACCUCAGUAUUUUAAAUCCAUUGACAGUUUGGUUAAUGAUGGCUCAACUACAGCAAGGAGGCCCUGAUGAAAAAGAGAAGACUACAGCAUUAAAGGAUUUAUUGUCUAGAAUAGACUUGGAUGAACUAAUGAAAAAAGAUGAGCCGCCACUUGAAUUUCCUGAUACUCUGGAAGGAUUUGAGUACAUUUUUAAUGAAAAAGGGCAGUUGAGACACAUAAAAACUGGAGAGCCAUUUGUUUUCAAUUACCGUGAAGAUUUGCAUAGAUGGAACCAAAAGCGCUAUGAAGCUCUCGGAGAGAUCAUUACUAAAUAUGUUUACGAACUACUGCAAGAGGAAUGCCACUUGAAGAAAGUAACUCUCCCAGUUGAUGCAACUGAGAGCGAACCAAAGAGCUUUAUCUUUAUGAGUGAAGAUGCAUUAACGAAUCCUGACAAGCUCUUGGUCCUGCUUCACGGUAAUGGCGUGGUCAGAGCAGGGCAGUGGGCUAGGAGACUUAUAAUUAAUGAAGAUUUGGACAGUGGCACCCAGAUACCGUAUAUAAAGAGAGCUGUAGAGGAAGGCUAUGGAGUAAUAGUACUGAAUCCCAAUGAGAACUAUAUUGAAGUGGAGAAGACAAAAGCCCAAGUACAGCUGUCUUCUGAUAGCUCAGAUGAACCUGCAGAAAAGAGGGAAAGAAAAGAUAAAAUCCAGAAGGAAACAAAGAAGAGACGUGACUUCUACGAAAAGUAUCGAAACCCACAAAAAGAAAAAGAAACUAUGCAGAUAUAUAUUAGAGAUAACGGAUCUCCUGAAGAACAUACCAUUUAUGUUUGGGACCAUUUUAUUUCCCACUCAGCGGCAGAGAACGUGUUUUUUGUUGCUCACAGUUAUGGUGGACUUGCCUUUGUAGCAUUGAUGAUCCAACGAGAGCCAGAAGUAAAGACUAAGGUAACUGCUGUGGCGUUGACAGACUCUGUUCACAAUGUGUGGCAUCAAGAAGCUGGGAAAACUAUUCGAGAGUGGAUGCGAGAGAACUGCUGCAACUGGGUGUCCAGCUCCGAGCCCCUGGACACCUCGGUGGAGUCCAUGCUGCCUGACUGCCCCCGCGUCUCUGCAGGUACUGAGCGCCACGAACUCACUUCCUGGAAGAGUUUUUCCUCAAUUUUCAAGUUCUUCAGCGAGGCAAUAGAGGCAAAGAACAGCUCAGUGAAACCAACCCCGACUCGGCGCUCCAGCAGGAUAAAAUAUGAAGACUUGUAAAAGGAGGGGAGGAAAGGAAAAAAGCACCAACACCAACACCGCCAACCUCGUCACUGCUUGUUUUCUGCAAGCAGUCUCACAACCCCUCAUUAGAUUGUUUUCUUCCUAGAGCAUAGGGUCGUGAUGUAUACAUCUAAAUAGUUUUUUGCAUUAUUUCUAGAUGAGUGCAACUGUCAAAGCAAUAUGGGUUCGCUGGUUGUGCUUCCUGUGGGCUGUAACUUGGAUUUCGUGCUGCCCAUCAGUGCGCAGAUUAAGGCUGACAGUGGUACUGCACAGUGCAGCAUGGUGCAGCUCUAAUUGCCCUGACAUAGCCCUGCACCAAGCUGAUGCCAGAAUUUAACAGCUUCGUCAUGGUCCUAUCGCCUGCAGGAUUUUUUUGCUGCUUCCUUCUAUUUUAAGACAGAACAAAAUAGGAAUUACUCUUUAUUUUUUCAAAAAACAGCUCUAACUCAGAAGUGCUAACCAGCCCAUGUUUUACACCCAGUAGCCUUCUCUUUCUCUGGGACCAAGUGGGAUCAACUCUUGACUCUUUCAUUUUCUGCGUGUAGGAGGGUCCAAGAAGUUUGGUCUAGAUUUCUAGGAAAGCCCCUUUGUUGUAGAGAUUUUCUCCUCCUGGCGGAUCAAUGGCAUUAUCUGUAGAUCUUCUCUUCCUUUUGAAGGCUCCACUUAAAAAAAUGCCUAUUCAUUAACUGGCUGGAUAACACUGUGAAAAUAUGGCAGCAAAAAAAAGAGGGACACAUUGCACAUUUUAGUGUUUAUUUUUAAAUGCAAA